GUUGUGAAAAGUAAAGUGUGGGUGAGGAGAGGCUAGAGGAAGAAUGGGGGGGGGCUGGUAUGCAGCAGGUGGUCAACAAACGAUGAUUUGUGCUUGACGCACCUCCACCCGUGUCCCCUCCCCCUUAUUUAUAAAUUCUAUAAAGACGGGGCUGUUUCUCUUAUUUAAAAAUGCUCAAGGGUCCUAUGCAUUAGGGAUAUUCAUUUGAUUACUAAGACAGACGCUUUGGUAUCUGGACUUAAUUACGAACCUACAGGGGCUCUUAUGACCUAUUAGGCUCUGCGGUUUUGACUUCAGAUGUUGGCCACUUCCUAGCUUGGUGACUUCCGCCAGCUAAACCUCUUGAAACCCCAGGUGCCUCCUUUACAAAAUGCUCACAGAAGCGCCUACCUCCUAAAGUUAUGAAGAUCAUAGAUCAUUCGGGUGAGAUGCCCCAACCGCACUAGCUACAAUUCAUUCCGUCCCGACCCCUCGAAUUGAGGGUCUCUACGCACGUGCCGGAGAGCAUGCCCCGGGCUCGGUUUUCCCCGACCUGUACACCCUAGCCCGGGGGCCAGCCUCUCCUGAACCUCUCGGCUUCAAACCCAGAGUUCACCAAAAGCCACAGGCCAGGCUCUGUGACGACGGAGUUGCGUAAAAUCUCUUAUAAAAACUUCCUAACGACUCCGCAGUCCGGUCAAUAACAGUGGCGGGGCUGAGAAGGAGGAAGCAGGCCCUGAGGGUUUAGCAACUUCCCCAGGUCCUGGAGUCCGAGUGCUGAGCCCGGAUUGCAAUCGCACACAUCUCCGCAGCGGUCCGGAUCGGCGGCGUCCGCCCGGGUCCAUUCAAACGCCGCCCGGUCCCUCUGCACUCCGGGCCCGGCUUCCGGGCGGCGGCUCCCCUUUUCGCUCCAGAGCCUGAGAGAUAUUUGGACUCACUGCAUUUUGAAAUUCACCUGCACUUAAAAUGCCACCUGCAAUUGGAGGGCCAGUUGGCUAUACUCCCCCAGAUGGAGGCUGGGGAUGGGCUGUGGUGGUUGGAGCCUUCAUUUCUAUUGGUUUCUCUUAUGCGUUUCCCAAAUCCAUCACUGUCUUCUUUAAAGAAAUUGAAGGCAUAUUCCAUGCUACCACGAGUGAGGUAUCCUGGAUAUCCUCCAUCAUGUUGGCUGUCAUGUAUGCUGGAGGUCCUAUCAGCAGUAUCCUGGUGAAUAAAUAUGGCAGCCGUCCUGUCAUGAUUGCUGGUGGCUGCUUGUCAGGCUGUGGUUUGAUUGCAGCUUCUUUCUGUAACACUGUACAAGAACUUUACUUGUGUAUUGGAGUCAUUGGAGGUCUUGGGCUUGCUUUCAACUUGAAUCCAGCUUUGACCAUGAUUGGCAAGUAUUUCUACAAGAAGCGACCCUUGGCCAAUGGACUGGCCAUGGCAGGCAGCCCUGUAUUUCUGUCUACCCUUGCCCCCCUCAAUCAGGCUUUCUUUGGUAUUUUUGGCUGGAGAGGAAGCUUCCUGAUUCUUGGGGGCCUCUUACUAAACUGCUGUGUUGCUGGAUCCCUGAUGCGACCAAUAGGCCCUAAACCAGCUGAGAUAGAGAAACUGAGGUCCAAAGAAUCUCUUCAGGAAGCUGGAAAAUCUGAUGCAAAUACAGAUCUUAUUGGAGGGAACCCCAAAGGAGAAAAGCGAUCACUCUUCCAAACAAUUAAUAAAUUCCUGGACUUGUCUCUGUUUGCCCACAGAGGCUUUUUGCUGUACCUCUCUGGAAAUGUCGUCAUGUUUUUUGGACUCUUUACCCCUUUGGUCUUCCUUAGUAAUUAUGGCAAGAGUCAGCAUUAUUCCAGUGAGAAGUCAGCCUUUCUUCUUUCCAUUCUGGCUUUUGUUGACAUGGUGGCCAGACCUUCCAUGGGACUCACAGCCAACACAAAGUGGAUCAGACCUCGGAUCCAGUAUUUCUUUGCUGCUUCUGUGGUUGCAAACGGAGUGUGCCAUUUGCUGGCACCUUUAUCCACCAGCUAUGUUGGGUUCUGUAUCUACGCGGGAUUCUUCGGAUUUGCCUUUGGUUGGCUCAGCUCUGUUCUGUUUGAAACACUGAUGGACCUCGUUGGACCCCAGAGGUUCUCCAGCGCCGUGGGGCUAGUGACCAUUGUGGAAUGCUGUCCUGUCCUCUUGGGGCCACCGCUUUUAGGCCGUCUCAAUGACAUAUAUGGAGACUACAAGUACACGUACUGGGUUUGUGGCGUCAUCCUCAUCAUCGCAGGGAUCUAUCUCUUCAUUGGCAUGGGCAUCAAUUAUCAACUUGUGGCCAAAGAACAGAAAGCAGAGGAUCAGCUGAGAAAAGAAGGGAAAGAGGAUGAGGCCAGUGUAGAUGUUGACGAGAAGCCAAAGGAAGUAACUAACGCAGCCCAGUCUCCACAGCAGAAAAGCUCUGGAGACCCUGCAGAAGAGGAGAGUCCAGUAUGAACUGUGGGCUGAAGCGUGAUAGAGCAGUUUGUGACCCAAGACAUCUGAACCAUUCUGCUGGCCUCAUCUACCAGUGGUGCUCAAUGCAGAUAGUGGACAUUUGUGUGGAAAACCUAUGGGUGUUUAUUGAUGGAAUUUUUGUUGUUGUUUCACUCCUUACCAAUGCUUGAAUUUAAAAUAUACUAUGCUUUAGGUAGGGAGUGAUUGGCAAAGGAUGUGGGAAAGAAGUAGGGAUUUUUGUUUUUGUUUUGUUUUAAUCUUAGCUUUUAACAGUGUCAUGAAGAUUAUAAUAUGUGCCUUAAGUUUUAGUUUUUAGAACUCUUUAGAGAGCCUUAACUUUUAAAACCAUUCUGCUGAAUUCAUGUAUUUUAAGUGUCAUUUUAAAAAGAAAAAUAACAACUAACUUGCUUGAGGUAACUAACCUUAAUCUUGUUUUGUUGUUGUUUGUAAUGCUUUUGUCCGACAUUGUUACUGGAACAUUUAUGAAUAGAAAUAUUGGUUAAAAGUUGGAGGCAUUUAUAAAAUGCUGACUAAAGUAUUUUUCUAGUAUCAAUAGUUGCCUGGCAUUUGUGCCUGCUAGCUAUUAUAUAUUUAAGAAAUUUAAAACGUAAAGCGCUGGAAACAUCUUGGCUAUUCCAGCCAUGUUGUAUUUGUUGACACCUCCUGGGUACCUCUUCUGAGAUGCUUAUUAGGAGCCUAGUGCUAGAAUGUCGUCAUUAAAUUGCUACUUUUGCUCCUCUGUUAAGAGAUGUUUUGAGUGGUUACAGGUCAUUGACCCUUUUGAAAUCACUUGAUACUAUUUUUCUCACUGGGAAAGUUAGUAUUAAAAUCUACAAAACUUUAUGUAUUUGUGGUUUUCUAGUAAAUAAGCCACAUAAUUUAAUGUAAACAGCUAUUUCAAGCAUCUGCUGAAUUCAGCUUAAGUUUUCCCAAGACCCUUGUUAUACUAUGAGACUAUUAGAAUCUUUGAGUAUGUGUGUCUGAUUUGGGGGUUGGGAAGUUUGGGUGGGGCUGGGCUUUGAACCCAGGGCCACAAGCAUGCUAAGCACAUGCUCUGCCACUAAACCACAUCCCAGCUCCCUGAAUUUUUUUUUUUUUUCCUCCCUUGAAACUUUUCCUCUUUGGUUUUUGAUAGUUGCAUUUAUUAUAUUUGCUUCUGGUUUAGAGCUGUGUGAGAGAUGCUCCAUACAGACUGGUGUGUGUGGUGUUUUUGUUCUGCUUUUUACUUUUUUUUCAGUGUUUGCAAAAUCAGGAGGGCCAGAAUUUGGUCCUGGGCAAACCAAUAAAGAUAAAAUAAGGAAGGAGUUUGUUACGUGUGCUUGGUUUGGAUGAGUAUAUCACACACACACACACACACACACACAGACACUAAGUCUUAAAGAAAAACACUGUCGUGCUUAGAAUAUGUUGGACAUAGUUUUUAACUCCACAAACCGUACGUUUCAUGACCCUUUUCACUUACCUGAAAUGUAGAAAAAUGGGUUCAUUGUAAGGAUAGGAAGGGAGGGUGAAUCAGAAUGGAACUGUAAAUAUAUAACCCUAUGUCUUCAAAAUUGAGGCAGAAAGUUACAGAUAUGACCAAGUCAGUGAAUUGUAUUCAGUGCAUUUAAAAUACCAUUGUAAUGGAUAGGGUGAAAGAAGCUGACUUUUUUCCAAAUAAAACAUUUUAUUUUUAGAAAACA